UGCUUUCAGUAACCGGCGCUGUGCUCCGGUACGGCAGAGGAGGUGAGUGCGGAGGAAGUCCCCCCGCGGUGUCCGGAUGUGGACGUGGCACAGCGCUGCAGCAGUUCCGUUGAAUGUCCGCUUCUGAAACGGAGAAGGGAUUAGUGAGAAACACCCCGGGACGACAUCGGCUUCGGAGUUUGUCGGCCACCGGGUUUCACACUUCGCCCCCGAACACAGGAUAGCCUUUACCCUUUACAACAUUUCGGAGAUUUAGGGAUGAACUGAGGAUGAAUGUAAACCAGCAAACUCCAAUGGCCUCUCCAUACGGCCAGCCCCAGCCUGGCUACAGCCAGCCCGGCUAUGCUCCCCUGGAUGGGGGAUACCCUGCUCCCUACGCACCUUACAACGGCCCUGCUUCAGCCUACCAGCCUGGGGCUCCACCACAAGGUUAUUCUCCUUUCACAAGCUUUCCCUCUAAGGCUGUGGCAACCAACCCAGUCUCUGACCUCUCCUCUCCUCUUGACUUAGGUCCUACCAGGGGUCCUCCCGCUUCUGGACUUCCGCCAGUCUCAGCGCCUCAACCAUAUAAUCAGUACACUAACAGUCAAGGGGACAUGCAGAAUGGCCCCCCAACUAUGACGCAGGCACCACCCAGGCCCGUUGUGUCUCAGCCAUACAACCAGGGAGCUGUUAACCUGACAGGGCAGCACCCCAGCUAUCCCCAACACUAUGGGCCCCCACCCACAUUACAGCAGGUGACCAACCAGAUGACUGGGAUGCAGAUCACCCCUGGCCCGCCAACCCCAGCAGGGCCAGGUUAUGUUCCACCUCACAGCUCCCAGCCUCCUGUCAGUAACACCUACUCAACCGCACCUCCGCCCUCCUACACCCAAGCUCCUCCCCCGGUGUCUUCUGCUCCCACCCAGCCACCACCUCCCAGUGGUCCUGCAACUUCCCAGCAAUACUAUGGAGGCCCACCACCUCCUUCUCAGCAGCCAUUCAACUCUUCUCUUCCCCCUACCUCUCAACAGCAGUUCACCUCCUCUGCACUGCCGCCUCAUUCCUCUCAGCAAACCUUUGCUCCCUCUUCCUACUCAGGUCCUGUGCCUACACCCAGCCAAGCUCCUGCUCUUCCAGUGUCCCAGCCACAGUCCUUCCCCCCAGGCCAGCCCCCCUUCUCCUCAGCAGCUCCACCUGUCAGCCAGCCUGCCUUCAUCUCCGGUCCGCCUCCCCCUGCCCAGGGCCCCUUCCCACCUAGAGCACCCCCUCCUUCCUCUCAGCCUGGAACUUUUCCUCCUCCUGGUCCUCCUCCCACCUCAACUUCCUCUAGCCAAUACCCAGGCCCCAUGCCACUCCAACAGCAGCCCCCUCCAUCCCAGCCAUCCUCUUAUCACUCAGGUCCCCCUCCUCCCAGAGUUCAGAUGCCUCCCACUUCCUUGGCCCAGAGCAACCACAUGCCACCAGGACCACAGAGCCCAUCGGGCCCUUCUGGGCCCCUGCAGCCAUCUCAAUCUCAGCCUGGCAUGCAGGGAGGAUACCCUCCUCAGCAGAACGGUGCAUUUGGGCAGGUGAGAGGCCCUCAGCCUGGCUAUGCAGGCCCUUAUCCCGGGCAACCAAACUAUGGAGCCCCUGCACCAGCACCAACUCCUGCUCCACCUGCACAGAAAAGACUUGACCCAGAUGCCAUUCCUAGCCCGAUCCAAGUAAUAGAGGAUGAUAAGGCUAAGAGCACCGAGCCAUUCACCACAGGGGUCAGAGGUCAGGCCCCACCGCUGGUCACCACCAACUUUCAGGUCAAAGACCAAGGGAAUGCCAGUCCCAGGUUUAUUCGCUGCACGGCGUACAAUAUGCCUUGCACAGCCGAUAUGGCCAAGCAGUCUCAAGUGCCACUGGCCGCUGUCAUCAAGCCCCUCGCCACGCUGCCACCAGAUGAGACCCCUCCAUACCUGGUGGACCAUGGCGAGGGCGGUCCAAUCCGCUGCAACCGCUGCAAGGCCUACAUGUGCCCAUACAUGCAGUUCAUAGAGGGAGGUCGCCGCUUCCAGUGUGGCUUUUGCAGCUGUGUUACAGAGGUGCCUCCACAUUACUUCCAGCAUCUGGACCACACUGGUAAGAGGGUGGACUGGUAUGACAGGCCGGAGCUUUCGCUGGGCAGCUACGAGUUCCUAGCCACUGUCGACUAUUGCAAGAACAACAAGCUUCCUCAGCCUCCAGCCUUCAUCUUCCUUAUCGAUGUGUCCUACAACGCUGUCAAGAGCGGGAUGGUCAGCAUUGUCUGCCAGGAACUCAAGACCCUUCUAGACUACCUGCCCAGGGAGAACCCAGAAAUGGACUCUGUGGUGCGGGUGGGUUUUGUAACCUACAACAAGGUUUUGCACUUCUACAAUGUCAAGUCAAGCCUGGCCCAGCCCCAGAUGUUGGUGGUAUCAGACGUAUCGGACAUGUUUGUACCCCUGCUCGAUGGUUUCCUGGUCAGCGUAAACGAGAGCCGGCUAGUUAUCGAGAGUUUACUGGACCAGAUCCCAGAGAUGUUUGCAGACACCAGGGAGACAGAGACGGUCUUCGGACCCGUGAUCCAAGCAGGGCUGGAGGCACUGAAGGCUGCAGACUGUGCCGGGAAGCUGUUUGUGUUUCACACCUCUCUGCCAAUCGCAGAGGCCCCUGGAAAAUUAAAGAACAGAGAAGACAAGAAGCUGAUGGGGACAGAUAAGGAGAAGUCUCUGUUUCAGCCCCAGGUGGGUUUCUACAACACCCUUGCCAAGGAGUGUGUAGCCCAGGGCUGUUGCGUAGAUCUCUUCCUCUUUCCCAACCAGUAUGUGGAUGUUGCCACAUUAGGUGUGGUUCCUGUCUCCACUGGAGGUUCAAUCUAUAAAUACACCUACUUCCAGGCUCAGUCAGAUCAGGAGCGGUUCCUGAAUGACCUCAGACGAGACGUUCAGAAACCGGUAGGGUUUGAUGCCGUCAUGAGGGUGCGAACCAGCACAGGUAUCCGAGCGACCGACUUCUUCGGCUCUUUCUUCAUGAGUAACACCACAGAUGUGGAGCUGGCAGGCCUGGACUGUGACAAGGCCAUCACUGUCGAGUUCAAACAUGAUGACAAGCUCAGCGAGGAGACAGGGGCGCUAAUGCAGUGUGCUGUGCUAUACACCAGCUGCAGCGGACAAAGGCGUCUCCGCAUCCACAACAUGGCCGUCAACUGCUGCUCUCAGCUGGCUGACCUCUACCGCAACUGUGAGACCGACACAAUCAUCAACUUCUUCUCCAAAUAUGCUUUCCGUGGCGUCCUGAAUAACCCCACUAAGGCAGUGAGAGACACCCUGGUCAACCAGUGUGCUCAGAUUCUGGCCUGCUACCGGAAGAACUGUGCAAGCCCCUCAUCAGCUGGUCAGCUGAUCCUCCCAGAGUGCAUGAAGCUGUUACCAGUCUACCUGAACUGUGUGCUGAAGAGUGACGUCCUGCUGCCGGGAGCUGACGUCUCGCUGGACGACCGGGCCUACCUUAGGCAGCUGAUCAGCUGCAUGGACGUCGCAGAGACCCACGUCUUCUUCUACCCCCGCCUGCUGCCACUGGUGAAGUUGGAAAGCGGCUCGUUGCCGGUGGCAGUGAGGGACUCAGAGGAGAGGCUGUCAAAAGGUGGAGUUUACCUCCUGGAGACAGGGCUCCACCUCUUCCUCUGGGUGGGAGCCAGCGCUCAGCAGGAGCUGCUGCUCAACAUCUUCGGCACACCGAGCUUCAGCCAGAUCGACCCGGGCAUGACGAGUGUGCCAGUGCUGGAUAACCCUUUCUCUCAGAGACUUCGAGAGAUCAUCGACUCCUUCAGAGCACAACGAUCACGAUACAUGAAGCUGAUGGUGGUGAAGCAGGAAGACAGAGCUGAGCUGAUAUUCAGGCACUUCUUGGUCGAGGACAAGAGCGCCAGCGGGGGAGCGUCAUACGUGGACUUCUUGUGUCACAUGCACAAGGAGAUCCGCCAGCUUCUCAGCUAGGCACCCAAAAUUCCCACGUUCACCUAUAUGACCCCCACCACUGACACCUACCUGGUUCACCCCUCCUUGUGAAAGAAAGAAAGCGCUUUAUCUUUUUUUUUUUUUUUUUAACCUAAUAAAAAUUAAGCUCUCCUUGCUGUCUGCCUCAGACCAGCUGGCAGAUCUUGUCGUUUGAGUGUGAGCGUGUGUGAGCGUGAGCGUGUGUGAGCGUGAGCGUGUGUGUGUG